AUGGAUAUGAGUACGAUCAGUCGCGCGGUAAAAAUCGGUCUUCACGCCUACGGUAUCUGGCCCUAUCUACCGUCAACCAUUUUAUUCCGAUUGCUUUGUAUCGUGAUGUUUGGUACAGUUCAGUUUUUUCAAUAUCAAUACGUAGUGAUACACUUUUACAUCGACAAUUUCUCCGACUUGAUGGAUGGUGUGAGCAGUGCCAUGACAUAUAGUCUAUUUAUCAUCAAACUCAUUAUUUUGUGGGCGAAUCAACAAACAUUUUCUGACAUAUUGCAAAUGAUGGCCAUGGAUUGGAGGAACUGCGUUCUAACUGAUCGUAGUCUGCGCAUUACGACCAACAAAGCCAAACUCUCGCACCGCAUCUCGAGUUGGAUUAUUGGACUCCAAAUUGGUGCCAUAAUUUUGUACACCUGCGGCGUACUUUCUAUUAACACCGGUAAUAUUCAAAGAAUGAAUGUGUCCGCGCGGGAACACAUCUUGAAGCUGAAGCUGCCAUUCCAGAUUGACACGGUUCCUAUUUACAUGCUCGUUACGAUUCUCGAAUUUCUUAAUCUGGCGAUGUGUGGCUAUGGAACUUCCAUGAUAAAUUCAUUCAUUAUUACUUUGUCAAUGGAUGCACCUAACGGAGUAGUAAUUUUGGUGAAGUCAGUACUUUAUUACAUUGUGAUUAACCUCGAGGCAUUUGUAUAUUGUUUCGUCGGUGAAUAUUUGAACGUUAAGAGCAAAAUGAUCGGAGAUGCGGCUUACGAUUCUCUUUGGUACGACAUAACAACAAAAAAAAAACGAAUUAUAUUGCUCGUGAUUUUAAGAUCGCAAAAACGAUUAACCAUCACAAUUGGAAAAAUUAUGGAUCUCUCUUUGGACCGAUUUGCUAGUAUACUGCACAUUGGUGGUCAAAUUGAUAUCCUUUGCGAAUGGUUACUGAAAGGCUUUUCCAAAAAUAUGACGCAUACCGUGAACGGGAUAACGGUGAAAGCAUUGAUAACAAAGCAUCAACAGAUAAUCAUGUUUUCGGAGAAUAUUGAAAAUCUUUAUACGUACAUUGCGCUGAUGUUGUUUGUGUCAGACACUAUCAUUAUAUGCUGUCUAGGAUUCAUUAUUAUCACCAGCAAAAUGAUCGGAGAUGCGGCUUACGAUUCUCUUUGGUACGACAUCACAACCGAAAAAAAACGAAUUAUAUUGCUCGUGAUUUUAAGAUCGCAAAAACGAUUGACCAUCACAAUUGGAAAAAUUAUGGAUCUCUCUUUGGAACGAUUUGCUAGUGUAAGAUUCCUACGACAUAAAUUGUAA